AUGGAGCUAGCUACCUGGCAGGAGGAUGGUGAGCGCACUAUACUGACAGCCUGAGUCCUGUAGGAUCCAGACCAGUCCACUGACAGCCUGAGUCCUGUAGGAUCCAGACCAGUCCACUGAAUGGAAAUUAAUAGAAGCUAAUUAGCAACCAUCUACAUAGUUGUUCUUGUGCAGUGAAUCUCUCUCUCUCUCUCUCUCUCUCUCUCUCUCUGGUGUCUCUCUCUCUCUCUCUCUCUCUCUCUCUCUCUCUCUCUCUCUCUCUCUCUCUCUCUCUCUCUCUCUCUCUCAGCAGACAACAUGAGCCCCCCAGACCCCUCCAACAGCACGGCCGACCUAGCACCAGGCCUGCCAGUCCACAUGGACACCACCUCCACCCACUGGCAGCAAGGCAUCCUGGGUAACGACAGUCUCCACCUCCACCUCGACCGGCCGGGGUUCCACUCUGACAUCACCAAGCAUGUAGGAGUCCAGGCUGCUCUGAUCACAGCGUAUAGUCUGAUCAUCCUACUGGGCCUGGUAGGCAACGCCCUAGUCAUCUACGUGAUCAUCCACUUCCGGAACAUGAGGACAGUCACCAACUUCUUCAUAGCUAACCUAGCCCUGGCCGACCUGUUGGUGGAUACGUUGUGUUUACCGUUCACACUGGUUUAUACAUUGCUCGACGAGUGGAAGUUCGGCGCGGUGCUGUGUCACAUGGUCCCGUUCGCCCAGGCGCUGUGCGUGCACGUAUCGAUCCUGAUGCUGGCCGUCAUCGCUCUGGAGCGCUACAGGUGUAUCGUGUUCCACCUAGGCCAGCGCCUCACCUGGCGAAGCAGCCUGUUCAUCAUGGCUCUCACCUGGACGCUGUCCGCCAUGCUGGCCGGCCCGCUCGCCAUCUUCAGAGAGUACCGUCAGGAGGAGAUCCCGUCCAUCAACCUGAGCAUCUCAGUCUGCUAUGAGAAGUGGCCCCACGGCAGCAGCAGAGAUGGAGUCAUCUACAGCCUGUCUAUGUUACUGCUGCAGUACGUGCUGCCACUAUCCAUCAUCAGUUACGCCUACAUCUGCAUCUGGGUGAAGCUGAAGAACCACGUGAGUCCAUCGAGCCGCAUCAACGCCGUCCAGCGCAGGAAGAAGACCACCAAGAUGCUGGUUAUGGUGGUCGUAGUCUUCGCCACAUGCUGGCUGCCCUUCCACGUGUUUCAACUAGCCAGCGACCUAGACCUGGUGCUCAGCUUAAGACAAUACAAGCUCAUCUAUACUCUCUUCCACAUCAUAGCCAUGUGCUCCACCUUCACCAACCCGCUCCUGUACGGCUGGAUGAAUGAGAACUACAGGAAUGGGUUCCUCAUGGUGUUCAGGUGUGAGGAUAAACCAGACAGCAUUCACCCUGAGGGAUCCUUCAGGACCCGGUCCCUACGGAGGAUGUCUCUGAACGGAGGACACCCUCCUACUGCCGUCUGA